GUCAGUUUCAAAUCUAACGAUCAAACGUGCGACUGUGGUUGUGAAUACCCCGAGUUACUUUUACAUUUGUUUGUCGAAUAUCUUGUUUUGAAAUUGACUUUGGAAGUCAGGGAGUUAAAAGGCGUUUGGUAGUUGUGUUUUCUCAACAUGGAUUUGGGUAUUGAACCAAAAUAUGAGUACGAUGCACCACAGUUUGUGGAUUUCACGGAAGGCCUGCAACACGUCAUCGACCCCGACGCUGACAAAUGGUUUGGUAUGUUUAUAUUUUUGAUUGACUUUUUCAAAUGCAAUAUGGGCCGAGGUGUUCGAUUUUCUUAACUUCAUGUAUAUCUUAUUGUGUGAAGAUAAAAAAAUAGCGGAUGAAGGUGGCGUGGUGGUGGAAGAAGACGAAAAUGACCAAGAGUCGAAUGGAUCGUCGGCCGAACCUUUGGACGCAGUCGUUGCUGACACGAUCAAUGAUGUGGCGUCUUCAGAAAUUCCAAAUGGUCAUGAAGAAAAUACAAACUCUCCUAAUCGAAAUGAAGUGGAUCCAGAGAUGUCAGCUGCCAGCACUGAGACGAACGAGUCUCGCAAAAAACAAGCCCCCAAGAAUGUCGUUACGUCUUGGUCAGAAUGGUUGUCGAAAUGUUCAAACUCCGCUGCAAGUUGUCAAGCCACAAAGGAGGACAACAAAGAAAACGCUUCCCAAAACCAGGUUAAAACUUCACAAAGUCAAGUCAAAAGGUACGAUGGAUUUAGAGUAGAUUGGAUUUUAAUCUUGCUAAUGUCAAGUAAUUUUGUUACCUCUGCGUCCUGUCCAUGGCAUUCCUCAAAUAUAAAUUGCGUCCCGUAGGACACAAAGAGUGAUCGAUCUAUAGAUUUGAAGAUUUUUUUGGUAGAAUAUCCUGUUCGUGUGAUUUCGUUUUUCAGUAAAUUGUAAUAAAGAGUUCUGGCUUCUGUCUCAGCUCAACUGUCUGGUUACAUAACUUGAUAAAGGCCAGGACCUGAACAAUCGAUGAAAAUCGAUGAUCGGAAAAUCAAUCGAUCAAUCGAUGACAAUCGAUUAAUUACGGUUGAUUAGCAUCGAUUGGCAUCGGCCAAUCAAUGAUCAAUCGAUAAUCACACUUAGGUGGUCGCGAAAUUUAUCGAUUACCAUUGAUUGGCACUAUUCAUGUCUCUGUAUCUUCAGGUAUCGCGGGAUUGUACACAGAUCGUACAUUGUUUUUAAACCUCAGUAGCAAAGUUUGAGAAUUGUUCAUCGAUGUGGCUCCGUGAAAAACAGCACAAAUAAUUAAGACAAUUAACAUAUCUCGUUGUCAGUGUACAAACUUGAUCGAUUUCGCUUUGAGUUUAUUGCAAAGAUUCAACUGACCUGGGACGCAGUCGUCGUUCAAACACGAUUAAGCGUAUUGUUAAUGUGUAAUGUGUAAUUUUAUUAGUACUCGAUGAAAUUGGCAAUUGAAAUGUUUGACUGAAUAGGUAAUCGAUUGAUAUUGCAUAUUGAUAACAAUCUAUUAUGUUAAUUGAUCGAUUCCCAUCGAUUAUCGAUUGAUAUUGAUAAUCGAUGAUAAUCAAUAAUCACAAAAAUUUUAGUGAUCGAUUGUCCAUCGAUUAUCAAUAUCAGUCGAUUAAUUGAUAUCGAUUGUCAUCGAUUGUUAUCGAUUGCCAUCGAUUAUCGAUUUCAUCGAUUGUUCAGGUCCUGUAAAGGCUCAUGCAUGCCAAGCAUUUUCAAUUUAGAAAUCCUUGUUUUUUUUUAACUGGGUGGGACUCAUUGAUUAUGGACAAGGACUCAUGAUUUUUCACAAGAUGAGUCCCAGGACGCUCCAUAACUAUUUGUAACAAAAUCACUGCAUGUCCGUUGAUGAUCAUGAGAUUCUUGCACGUGUAUCUUUAUUCGGCUCUACCACCUACCCCCACAAGAAAACCAAAAAAAAGAUCAAUAAAUGCACAACCUAUAUCCUCGGUAAACUGCAAACAGAGCUUACAAGGUGUCACGGUUACUUUUCCUGGAUUUGUAGUUAUUGGAUGCGAUCCAUUCAAGGAAAAUUUCCGGAAAUUUUGGUCCAAAACUCAGUGGAUCGGUUCGGUCCAACCGGAAAAGUUUCGAAAAAACUGUUCCACCUUGGACCACUUUUCCUGGUUGGAAUUUGGUUGAAUGGAUCACGCCCAUUGACUUUUGAACAACUCAGCCAGGUGAUUUAGUAUUCGGGACCGACUGGCUUAUUGUUGCUUAGUUGGAAGUAAAUUUUAAUCCAAAUUAAUUUACCUGAAUAUUCUUUGCAUACUUUCAAAUCUGAAUUCAAAAUUUGCAUUAACGUUAGAUGAUCUUUUAAACAAGCAAUAUUCCUUGUUUCACCAGGAAACGACCAAAGAAGGCCCCCGAAAGACGAUCUCCUCGACUAAGGACUCUGUCAACCUGUUCCAAUGCCUCGACUUGUUCUUCAGUGUCUAGUUCUUCAGAUGUUCCCACUGCAAGAAAGGUUCCUAAGGUUAAACCUCAUUUGCUGACCAUACCUCAAACACCUACUUUUAUGAGGUAAAAAAAGUCUACUGUAACUGUAAAUUCUAUUGCAUGUACCUGAGUAUUAAAGGAUUAAUUUAUUAAUUGGCCAGAAGUUUACACAAGACUGCAACCCAGCAAAAGCGGCGUGAAAUGGCCAAGUUGCUCCUUGGGUAGCCAAUUACAACACAGCAUACACUUUCUUUUGCCUGCUCAUGUAUUAGUAGUAGAAGGAAGAAUUAUGUGUAUUCAGAGAGGGGGGAUGUCUCUAGGGUUAGGGUUAGGGGUUAGGGGUUAGGACAUUUUUACUGCAAAAAUGCAUUUUGAGGCUAGUCAAGGCAGUUUUCUCAUCACCUUUGUGCUAUAAAAAGCUAAAACUUACCAUAAAACCAUUUAAAGGUCGUACACUUUGCAGCCUUCUGAUCCAGAUAUAAAAUAUUAGCUUGUGAAAUUCGGCCAUGCUACAGAGAGCAAAAUUUUGAGAUAGUUUUUGGGUUUAAAAGUGACAGAGCAGUCUUGACUUUCCCUCUUUGGUGGGAAAAGUUUUUGUAAAAGCUUUUAGGAUCUUAGAAUUAGAUGAAAGGAAAGGUAGGUGGGUAUACAAUGUUACAUUUUUUCCUUUUUUUUUUUUUUUUUUUUUUUUGGCCUUUUUUCUCUGGUGUCCUUGACUGAAUUGUGCUCAUUCUAGUGGUGGGAAUCGGUUGAGAUUUCACAAUCGAUCAUCGGAAAUAAUCGGAUUGCUCCAAUCGAUCGAUCGUCGAUUAUAAUUGGAAAAAUCUACCAGUAAGCAUUCCAAGAUUACAUUGCAGCAGUUCAAGUGAGACUGACACGAAAUCAGCAAAACACACGUGCCACAAACCUUUGUUGGCGUAUUUCUUUCUGCAGAGCCUACAGAUUACCUUCGUCAUGUUCAAGUUUUCCUUUGUUUUGGGCCCUUCCUUCAGUUGAUAAAAACCAAAAUAUUCCCGCUCGUUUGACCUGGCGUUUCCAGGAUAACGACAGAUCUCAAACUCGGCCAUUUCAGCCAUCAUGUUAGACUCGUCAGCAACAUGUAAGGGAGGCAGGUCUGAGAGAGGACCCUGGAAAUCGCUGCGAUGUUGUUUCUUAAUACCUUUCAUUCGCUAGUGAUAGUAGAGAUACUACAAACGCGAAACAGUAAGCUUGUAAUUUAUGUUUUGGUUCAGUUGUUUACGAAAUACAAAGCAGCUUAGCAUGCCACAUCUUUCAAAUAAGCGUGGCAUAUUUGAAGUGACAACAACACAGCGCGCAGGGUACGCAAAGGUAAACACCUUCAAUCUUAGAUUAUAUCUGCUGCUAUGACUUAGAAGUUAGAAGUCCACGAAAAAGACAACUCACACCAAGAUAUUAAACGUACAUUUUUAUUGAUUUUAAUACUUUUAUUUGUCACCAAUAAAUUUUUAAUUUUUCAGCGACAAUCGAUUAUGAAAAAAGCAUAAUCGAUUGUCGCGUCGCUUGAACUUUUCGAUCAACUUUCGAUUAUAAUCGAUCAUCGGCCCACCACUAGCUAAUUCUGGUAUGGUUUGAAAGAUCUCUUCACUCUGCACAAGUCAGCAGACAAAUUUGUCCUUGUCCGUUAAAACUGAUGAUGUCACAAGUGGUAGAAGGGAUGCGGAUGCGCAUGGGCGGCUCAGGGGCGACUGGGUUAAGAUGGUCACAAAGGGGCAGAGCCAAGUGUAUGCAUCACAGAUGUGUUCAUACCAAAAUGGGUCAUAGUUUACGGUCUUGAAAAAUGUUAGUAGUUGUCUAGAAAAGUCCUUGAAAUUUUAACUACCUUGUUUACACCACACCACUUGCAGUGAAAUUAGAUUAUUUUGCCAAGUAAAAUUUGGCUCAACCUUGGUAAUCAUUAACCCAUUCGCUCCUGGAGAUUUUGCCGAAAAACGCGUUUUGAAGCUAGUCGAGUGGUUUUCUGGUCACUGUCCUGCUAUAAAGAGCUAAAACUUACCACAAACCGGUUUACAGGUCGUACACUUGGCGGCCUUCUGAUCCAGAUGCAAAAUAUCAGCUUACGAAGUUCGGGCAUGCGCAGAAAGCAAAAUUUGGACAUAGUUUUUGGGUUUAAAAGUGACACAGCAGUCUUGACUUUUACUUUCCGCUUUCUCUCCUCCCUUCUUUUUUCGCUUUUCUUGCCUCAUUUUUUUUUUCUCUUGCUGGGCAUUUAGUAGGCUUCAUUUUGGUGGGAAGAGUUUUUAGGAAAGCUUUUAGGAUCUUAGGAUUAGGUGAAAGGAAAGGUAGGUGGGUAAUGGAACAAGAUUUUCAUGGAGAUUUUCAGGUCCUUGUCACGUGGUUUUUUGCUUCUUUCUCCGGUGUCCUUGACUGAAUUGUGCUCAUUCUGGUAUGGUUUGAAAGAUCUCUUCACCCUGCACAAGUUAGCGAAGAAAGUUGUCCUUGACCGUUAAAACUGAUGACGUCACAAAGGGUAGAAAGGACCUGGAUCCGCACGGGCGGUUACGGGCGGUUCAGGGGCGAAUGGGUUAAACUCACACAUUUUUGUGCAUGAACAAUUUUUUUUUAUUAUUUCUGUUUCUUUGUUUCAUAUGCUACAUGUAUUUAUGUGCCUCAGAUGCAACUGCAAGUCAUACCCAGUCAGUUUGAAAAGUGUUGUUACAGAAACUAGUCUAGCAUAAAAUAAUGCACAUGAUUGACCUUACCUGAAGAAGUAAAAUCUUAAAUGACUCCAUUAAGUGUUCUAGCCAAUAAGGUGUUCAAAACGGGGUUAAAGAUUGUUGAUUUAUUGACUAUGAAUCUUAGUCCUUUCAAGGAAACUACUAUUUAUCCUUUAAAAGUCCUUGCAAUUUGUUUGCCUGAAGUUGUUAAGUAUCUUUAGGACUAAAAAACUGUCCAUACUGCAGACAUUAAUUGAUCAUAGUUUAUAAACCAUCUAACUCAGUCAUGAAUCUUUCUUCCCCUUUUCAGGAGAGUUCCCCAGGCAAAGAUAGCGGCAAGUCAAGCACAGAAAUCAAGAGAAGCUUCUGAGUUGGAGGUCAUUGCACAGAAACAAAAAGAAACUCAUGAAAAGCUAAAACAGAACAAAGUUUCCAUGAAGAAGGCCCUGGCUGGGCAAUCAUACAUGCCAUGUAGAUCAGCAGUCGACAAUCUUACACAUCCUAAAGAGUUUCACUUUGCAACAGAUGACAGGCUUGGACCUAGUACACAUCACACACAAACAGAACAAAAAGAAAAGGACUUUGUUGGUACCUUGAGGCAGCACCCACCUUCUCCAGUAAGUAGAGUAAAAAGUAAAAAUUGAAAGGAGAGACGGGCCGCACAUCUUAGCCUACAUAUUGAUAUUGCUCCAUUGAGGGGUUUUACCUCAGUAAAUGGUAAAGCCCAUGUAUUGAGGAUUUCUCUUUCAAGGAUUUUAGACUCAAAAAAUUGAAGGAUAUCAAUAUUGCGUAAAAGAAAUUACAUUAUCCAUAGCUCCUUAGUAUCUACUUUUAUAACCUGGGAUCAGGCUCACGUUUGUGCUCGUUACGGCCAGAUUUUGGCCGUAAUGCUGAUUGGCUGUAAGAACAAUGCCACAAGAUCUGAUUGGCUGUCGGAAACGGCGCAAGUUGAAAGUGCUUAUUCCUUGCGUGGUUGUUUUCAUGAAUGAUCCGUCGUCGGUGGAGAGAAGGAUUGAUUUUGCUGUCUUUUUUAUUGUUUUAUGGUCUUAUGGUAGGAAAAUAUGCCUUAAUAUGUGCCAUGGAAAUUCAGAAAAGUCAUGUGGUUAUUCAUAUCUUCUCAGGAUUUGUUUAUUUACGGAAAGUGGGUGUAUCGCAGAGCUGAAUCCCUCUGCAAGUUGUUGACCGCUAACAAGGUGCCUUUUGAUUUACCAACAAACGGGUGCAAAUUAAAAUACUGUCCAUCUUAAAACUGGUUUCAUUUGAAAGUUUAGGCGGGAAUGACUUCUCUGAACAGGGUACGUAAGCGGAGGGUCACUGCGAAAGACACCUCAAUCACCAACUCUAAAGUAUUAGAUGAAAAAUAUCGCAACACUGUUCGAGGAGUUUUCAGUGUUCACAGACUGGUUGUCUGCCUUUGCUUUUUGUAAAAAACAAACCAGGAAAACUGGUGUCCUCGCUCGUUAGCUGUUUGCUUUUGUUUUUAAAGAUUUAUGUACUGAAAAUCGGGGAAAAUUGGUUAUUGCCAAGGAAAAUGUUAAGGCAACAUAAAAAUAGAAAUUUCAGUAUUUUAAAUUCGAGCAUGCCUAGCCAAAAUAAUAAAACUAGUAGAACUUGGUGUCGCCGUCUUUUCGAAAACUUUUUACCUUCUACACGAACAGAAAUAACCUUAGAGAUCUCCCUUAAUCUCGCAAGAAGUUAAAUGUGAUUGUGCUGAUUGUUUUAUUUUUAGCGGAAAAAAUUAACAGAUGAAAGCUAUUUUUUAGGUCAGCCAGUCUGCAUUUUUCCCCACGUGUGAAAAAUUUGCAUACUAGAAAAUCAAGCAACGGAAGUAAUUUUGGUUGGCUGAUUCGGCAAAUGUCAAUCAAUUAAAAAAGUGGUCGGCAGACGUUUCAUAGAAGGUUUGUAUCAGGCUCUCUUUUCGUUUCGCCAUGCCCGCCGGAAUGUUAUUUACAAAGCAAAACGAACAGUUCGGGAGUAUGCCAGUUUUGGAAGAAGCGAAAACAAUGGUCUACGUCACCAACCAUAACAUGAUCACCAUGGCGAUGGCCAUUUUCAAAACAUACAAAAUGGCGGACAAGGGAGAGGAGAAGAACGAGUAUUGACCAAAAUUCUCGUUUAUUCUUGUUUUAUCGAGCCUUUUAUUUGUCUUUUUGUUACUAUGAAUUGGGAAGUACCUUGAGGACAGGGAGUAACCAUUCUUGCGCUAUAGUUCUUAAACUUAUCGCGCUUAGUAGGUACUGCGUACUCACUGCGUAUGUAAUCAGUACAUCGAAAAUAGGUAAGCACGCUAACAAGUUUGUGCCUAUUUAUUUCAUCAUUUUUUUAUAUCAUAAGGAAAAAAGAAUGCUUUGGAAACAACUAAAAAGUGAGUUGUUCUAUAAUUCAUUGUAAUUUUUCCCGUUGCAUCUGUUUCUCUCCCUGAGUGAGCGACUGGCGGAGAAGACGGCUGUAAUUCAGGUUAGUGUUUUGGUGCAAGCGAGUCAUUUGUGAGUAAAAUAUCUGUUUUUUUCGAAUAUGAUGUUCUGUUGGUUUAUGUCUUGAAGCAGUUCCGUCCAGGUAUACAACAGGUUUACAAAGGGAUUUCUGAGGGUAUUGUGCCCGCGUUUUCUUCUUGAAAACCCACAAAGUGAAAAUCUUACUUAUCAUCCCAGAUCAUUUUUUUUUUUUUGUCUCGCUUCAAAAAAACCUGUUGCUUUCAAUUAUUCCACUUUCUGAAGUUAACUGAUUAUUUGGUCAAGCUUAACAAAUGCAAGAGGCUCUUAAGAAUUUAAUAUACAUAUUGGAAAACUAAGAAUUAUGCUUCUUACAUGCUUUUGGAUCUAUUGAUUAAAAUGGGAUACUAUAGUCUUGGUAGUCCACGGAUUUGCCCAGAGGUCAGAGAUCAACAAGGUUAUGAUUUGUUAUAAAAUAUCCUCUUGUAUGGGAUUUGAUGUUACAUCCAAAUAAUACUAAAUUAUUGUUUUUAACUCUGGGGUUGCCUUUAAACCAAAGGCAUUGUAACUUUGAGGAGCACUUUUCUCCAAGUCUUCUCUGUGGGGACCCUCAAACAAUUCUAUUAGACAAGGUUUGGCCCAAAAUAAUAAAUGAUUACUGCCCUUGGCAUGGACACAACAUAAGUUUUCCAAAGUUCUUUUUCAUAGCCGGUUCUUCAUGUUUCUAUUGAACAGCACUUUCAAGAAAACAAAGCUCACACAUCAGAGUAAAGAUACAAUAAAAGUUAUUUAUUGUUAUAUUUUGUUUUUUGUAAAUAAACAUUUUAUUUUAGGUCCUGACAGUUAAUUCUUUCCAGACAUUGUUUUUUUGAUCCUGACCUGCAUGACUCGCUGCCAUGGCUACCUGGCUCGCAUAUUAUACACACUCUUUUAUCUCAAAAUCUUGUUUUUUUAACACCUUCUUGGACAUGAAAACCAAAAUCCAAAACUUAAUUGAUAUAAUGAAGACAGUAGCAGCUGACAUCGAUUUUCAAUAGUUAUCUUGUGAGAUGUCUCUCAUGUAUUAUUUAUUAGGGAGGAUGAUUUGUAGAAGACGAUGCAUUAACAUAGAUGCUUUUUCAUCAAGAGAAUCUCAAUAAUUUAGGAUUUAUUCAAAUACACACAUAUUCGAUAUUAUGACAUCAAAUGUGGGCUUAUUGCUCAUGUAAAGGGAUUGAUGGGGGAGAGUGUGGCAUUUUUCAUGUUUCUGAUUGACCUUUUGCGCAGCACAGGGACUGAACAUAUUAUGUAUUUGGCAUCUGUAAAGUAUAAACAAUAUUUGACGCGAGGGAUUGAACAUUAUGUAGAGAAAAUCUUCACAAGCCUCCACUUCCAUGACUCCUUCCUCAUCUAUCUCCUUUAAAGCCCCUUGAAUAAGGGCCACAGUCUCUUCUAUAGUUGAAUGGUCAUUGAGUGUGAGCUUCCACUCACAAGGUACAUAAGCCCCCCCUCCAACCUGUUUCCCUCUUACCCAUUUUUGAAAGGGUCAAAGGAGGGGCUUUUGUGGUGGGUAAGCCUGUGACCACACUACAAAGAAACAAAAAAACAUGGUUAAUUCUAUUGAGGUAGGGUUGAAGUUGGACAUUAAAUUUUUCAUUACAGUGGAACAUAAGGCAAACCUAAAGCAAUAUUUUGCCCUCAGAGCACAAAUAUGUCGUUCUGAAGAUAUUUAGCAUUUUGUCUUCCUGGUUGCUUUUCCCAGCUUUUUUUAUACAAAAACGCGACAACAUGUUUGUAAUAUCUCCACAUGUUUGUCUACAUUUUUGACGGAAAUCCUGAUCAAAAUAAAAGAAAUCAAUGUAAGAACCUACUCACACUGAUUUAAAACUAAUUCCACACACAUGAUCUGGAUCAAUAAAGUGAUUUCUAGAUGAGAGUCGCAUAAAUUGCCGGUGAACACGACCAAAAACAGACCUGAUCGAUUAUAACUGAAACUACAUAUACAGGCUAAGGCAUAACCAUCAAUAUCAGUAACCCUUCCUGUCCGUUGGCAAUUUUCAAUGUGUGGUUGCCAUUUUUACUAGGUUGUUGCCAUCGAUGAAACUUUGCCUGAACACACUUUAAACGUUGUAGUUUUGAGGAAAAUUAGUCUUGACUUCGUAAAAAUGCGGCAAGAUACUGAAAACUAAACAUAAAGUCAUGUACUUACAUUCGAUACCCGUCAAGAUGGCGGCGGCGGCGUCGAAGGCCAUUUGAAAACUGUCGCUUUUAACUACCGAAAUGUGGCAGGAAAGUUCCCUUGACAUUCAAAAAGCAAGGAGAAGGCUUCUUCACCGGUACUGCUAGCUCGGAAGUCCCGGAUAUUGAACGAGGAGAAGUGGAACAGGCUUUGAAAAAAGCUCCCUUGUUUCUUGCGAUUAUUUUUUCCUAUUUUUGCGUGUUUUUAGCAGAACAAUGGAAUCAUGACGUCAUCGCUUCUUCCAAAACUGGCAUACUCCCGAACUGAAAAUAGAGCUUGAUCUCAGGUUACUACUUUUAAUAUCUCCGUACAGUCUUGGAGUACAAUGUUAAGAGUUGUACACAGCAUGCAUUUUAGAGAGAGAGAGGGACAGUUAGGUAGAUAGAUAGAUAGAUAGAUAGAUAGAUAGAUAGAUAAGAACUUUAUUUCAGUUUAGUACGAUAAAAAGAUCAGCAUUGCUGGUGGGGUCGUGCAUACAACAAUUACAAGAAAACUGAGGAGUACUGAAAGCAAAUGUACAAUUAAAAAUUAAAUACUGUUAAAGUUUUUUUUCUUUUAUUACAGUAUCACUGGGAUAAAGCAUUUCAUUUUCCAGGAAAAUCUCACUUUCUCGUCAAAACAAUCACUGAUUCAGACAGACCCGGAUUAGUUUACUUGAAUUUAGUGUUCAGUACAGCGAACGGAAUUAUCACCGCUGAUCCACGAUUUAUUUAUUUAUUUUAUUUUCAAGUUUUUUUUAACCGAUCCUCGAUCCCUGACCCUGAUUCCUCGAUCCUCGAUCCUCGAUCCUGAUUUUCCAGUAAACCUUAAAGUUUAUUCUUUUUUUUUCGACCACUGACGUGAUCAGUUGUUCCAAGAUAAUCAACACUUUCAAGUGAUAGAAUUCUUGGACCAACCCGUUCCGGAAAAGCUCAAUAUGGGAUUUCUAUUCUAUGGACAUGAAGUGCUGCAAGUAGAGUGCGCGGAUAGUCAAGUUCAAAGCUACCCGUAUAAACACAUCAGUGACACAUAACGUAAUGUUAUGGUGGAUUUCCAGUGACGCGUUUUUGGCUCUGCACGUUAACACAAGUAAAUUUUAAUCACGUAAAUAAAACAGAUGUAAGAUAUAAAGUGUUGAGAUUAAACGUCAAGUUGAGCGAGUUUCUACUUUUACGCUUACAUAAUUGUAUGUGCACCUUUUCAUACAUUGUUUCUACUUUAUUUGCGAACACCAAUUUUUCACACGUACGCACGUAAAAAUUACGUGACAGUGGAUCCCUGAUAUAUCAAGUAUUUAUAAAGUGCAUGUCGUGCAUAAUAACACGAAAAUCAAGGACCUCCAUUCGAGGAAAAUUACAUCAUUGCCAAAGUUAAAAGCGUCAUUUCAGUCAUCGCCGAAAAUAUACCGCAUACUAAUCACGAGACUCAUUUGCAUACAGUGAAAGUCGCCACGAUUCUUAUCCCCAGUUCCACGGUCUUCGCUAGGAACGUGUGGCCUACAAACUAGGUCCCACCAACAAAAAAAAAACCUGCAUUUUUAGAGUCUCUCUUUGCUCAAGCAAGCUCGACUAAAAAGAGCAGAGGGCACAGAGUAAAUAUGAAGUUCACAUUUCUUACUGAGAAACUGGAUUAACCUCUCUUUUUUAUCAUAUCUCUGCCAUGUACAUCAUUUCAUUCUUAUUUUAAUUAGAACUUUAGUACAUUUUUUAUUUAAAUUUAUUUGUUUAUUUAUUGUUUCAGUCAUUCAAGAACAAAAAGCUUACUGUCCCAGUUCCAUUCAAAAUGACCGAAUCAAGAAAGCGUAAAGAACCAGACAAUGACAACAAUCCCUGCGGUCAGUACCAAUCCAUGGCUCAGAAAGUUUACCAGUGGCAGAAAAAAACUCCCGAGCGGUUCCGAGUCAAACCAAUACAUGAGCAGAACCAGGGACCACCUCCAGCUUCUGGAGAAAAGAAGCUAACUAUGCCAAAGACACCAAACUUGAUGUCACGGGAGAGAAAAAGACCAUUGCCAUCAGACUUUGUCAGCCAGGAAGAAAAAGAGAAGCUUCAAGAAGCAGAAAUAAAGAGGUGUGGUGUAGACUUGAAUUAGCCUGCUUUUUGAAAAAAAAAAUUAAAUACAAGCGAGGCUCUGCUCUAAUAAAACUUUUAAGUUCAGUACACACUAGACGACAGGUUGCAGCAACAAGUCGGGGCAACAGAUCACUUGGUGUGUACAGGUAGGGUGACCAGUUGCAAAUGGCUUCGUAUGUACUGGAGAAUUUUUGUGAAAAUUUUUGUCUCUGCAACAUGUUGCAAAAAAUCAAAUCAGACAGAAUUUGUGCAACUUGUUGCAACGACAAAAUUCUGUUACAGACCAGUACGCAUAAAGCGAUUAGUUGCUGCGACGUGUCAUCCUGACACGUUGUUGCAACUUGUCACCUAGUGUGUGCUGACCUUUACAAGCACAAUUUACAAGUGUAUAAUAGCCAUUGUUUUAGAAUGAAUGUAAUAGCUACACUUGUAAAAGUUUUAUAAAAUUUAUCAUCCUAGGGAUCCCAGCAUAUGAUUUGUAUGCAGGGUGCAAAGAAAGUCAGUUUUACAGCCUAAGCCCACAAGUCAUUUCAACUAGCCCCAAAACCCUUUUUAAUUAGUAGGAUCGAUUACAAUCCUUCUGUAAUUUGAAUUUUCCCAAAAAAACAGCACUUGCCUGUCAGGCAAGUUAAGAACACAAGCCCGAUAACAAAGUCCACUAGCCCCGGGCUAUCGGACACGACUUUCUUUGCACGCUUUGUAUGAAAAACUAAAAGAUUUCCCAGUCAACCAAGAGCAAAACUAAGCCUGAGCUAUAGUUAGAGUACAGUGCUGCUAAAGAAAUAAAGGACACCUUGCCCAACAUGCUCUGCAGAGAAUCUUACGUACCCAGUGACUAUUUUGCAAAGCAGCACACAGAUCCUAGUUCUGGGCCCCCAGCGAGCCCAACGAAUUUUUAAUACUGGAAGUGCGUUUCAAAUGUCCCUUCCACCUGACUGGCGAAUAAACGAUCGCUUUUUUAACAGGCUAAUCAUGGUACCUGCGUGUACUCAAAUCCUGACCAGUACAGAUGAGGUUCAGAGCAAAAAUGAUUAUUACAUUUGUGAGACUUACAGUUUAUCUAAGCCCAUCAAUCUUAAUCAAUUUUGAGACUGAAAGAUCUUUUUGCUGUUAACAGUUACAAAUUCAAAGCAACUGAACUGAAUCAUAAAAUCUUUGAAUGCAAUGGAACAUUGGGUGUGUACAUGAUACCAAAGAAGCCUAACACAGAAGCCGAGCCAUUUCACUUCCACUCUGAGGACCGAGCAGAGGUGCAUAAAACCAAAGAAAAACCCAGCAGUGAGGUACGCAAUGCAUACAAACUUAAACAUUCACACAAGGAUUAAUAGCGUUUGCAAAGUUUCUUAUUAAUUAUUACAGGGUUAGUACAGGUCAUUGGAAAACCUUGAAAGUCAUGAAAUUUAAGAAUUUCAUUUUCCAGGCCUUAAAGUCAUGGGAAAUUAAAGUUUUGUUUGUUAUUACAAUGGUAGAUUACUUGCUGCAGAUGUCAAAGUAGCAACAGAAUAUUAAAGAUAGAAGACAAAUAAAUGUAGUCAAAAAGGGCAAAUGGGGCACAUUUUGGUGAACUGAGUAACUUAAUAGGGCUGUCAUCUGCACUCACAAACAAAUUUGGAAUUGUCUUUGAAACAUCUAAACCAAAAAUUGUUUUGAAGAAAUUUAUCUGCCCGAGAAUCCCUUUACUCUUAUCAGGCCAUCACAACUGUCAUUACUUAUGCACUUAUCAAUUGAAACCCCGACCCCCCCCCCACCCCGGGCCUAUGUGGGGCAAUGUGGGGGAUUUUUAUGGUAUUUGAAGGGAUGGUUAGCCCGUGGGGGUGGGGGAUUUCUCAGGAUUUGCUUAGCAUAUUCAUGGAAGUCCAUGGAAGUCGGGGAGCGAGGUGGGGAUUUGACUCGUGCCUAGUUUCCUCACGGUAAUUUCUUCACGUGAUCACUGGUAUUUUGAUGUAUUGCUCGGCCGUAAGUUUCCUAAUUGUUUUUCCUUUCAUUUCUUCACUGAGACUAAUCCUUUGCGAUUUUGCCUUGAGCUUUCAUGGUUCGUUGACUGGAAAUUGUUAUUGUUAUUCAAAACUUCUCAAACAAUGCAGAUACAAACUCCUCUACUUAUUAUAAAAGGUGCCGUGUCACGGCUAUCUGGUUCAUUUUGUUAAUAUUGCCAGUUACGUGGCCCCUAUUCGCUUUUGAGCGUUACGUUGGCAAAGAAAUGAAGAAAUCAAAGCUUCGUUUUAAACAGAUGUUUCUCCCAAGCAUAUCAAGCGUUACGGACAAAAACAAUGAACUUUGAAAAACUGUUAGGUUAACAAGUUUUCAAAAACCAAAAUUUCAAUCCGUUUUAAUCUUGUUCAUGUUUUCCCAUCUGUACCUUCUUUUGUAUUUGCUGAGUCAUUUAUACCAUCUUUAAUGUCUUAAGCGGCUAUUUUUAUGUUUCACUCAAUUUGGUGGCAGUUCCCACAGCCUACAUUUUGGUAAAUUUCAUGACACAGCUCGUUUAACGUCUAGUGUUAAACCCAUGUGGUUUCUGAAGUUCUAUAUUUCCUCAUUCUUUAAGCCAAAAUAAAAAAUAUAGCUCCUAUUAGGAACUAUUUUAUGCAGUCUAUUUAUAACAUCAGCUUGUGAAGGUUAAGGUAUGUUGGCUGCUAUUUUCAAUUAAAAUUAUCAUUGCAGAUAUUACUUUCAAUGGAGAUGGUACGGAUUUCCUUUUAAUAUAACUUUAUAGCAAUGUGCUACUCCAUCAUCCAUUUUGUACCCUGACUUUUUUAUAAGUGGGUAGGGGUCAUUAUGUUUACUUAUUGUCAAAUAUUUGUUGUAUUUAUAUCUUGGUCUGUUAUCAUAUUUGCCUUUUUGCUGUAGUAAAUUUGUCAAUAUUAAGAAGUUGAAAAUUCGAACGAAAUAUUAAUAAAGUCAGUCAGGGAAUUAAAAAGGUUUCCCCACCUGGGUGGGGGUUUUACCAGUCAAUAUGCCCCAGUAGGGUGGGAGUUUGCUAAGAUUUGUAAUGAUGUCAAGUCAAAUCCCCACCUUGGCCCGGGGUGGGGGGGGUCGGGGUUUCAAUUGAUAAGUGCAUUAAUGAAAAGACUAAUGGCUUUUUUAAUACAACAAAUAAUUAAAAAGAAAAACACAAUUUUGUUUAUUUUGUGGAUUUUGCCCGUUUUUAACCCAGGACAAAAUUUUGCCGGUGGGGCCUUUAAACAUUGUCCCAUCUCAAACAAAAUUUGUAAAAUCGCGCCAAGUCAUCCACAUUUGUUAAUUGUUGAUGAUGACAGCAAAAUUAUCCAAGUAAAAAGCCUUUAUGGCUAGUGUUGAUAGACCCUAUAAUAGGUCAAAACAUACAAGAAUAGUUUUGAAAAUUUUAGGAAGUGAUAGCUAAACGUAAGGUCAUGAAAAACUAGAAAAGGUCAUGGACUUUAAAGAAGCGAAAAGACUAUAAACCCUUUUAUAUAGCUAUCUACCUCUAUGUCUCUGAUGAUGGGUAGGUGGAUAGAUCUUCCCCCAUUACUUGCAGCACAGCACAAGUGUGCCUUAAAUUUCGAUGUGCCUGCUACAUAAGCAAGUAUAAUUGUGCAAUUCCACACAAUUGGUUUGAUUAAAAUUGCAUUUUCCUGAUCCGCUUUUAAACCAUUGGAAUAAUUUCCAGGAUGAAGAUCAUCCCAGGCAGAUAAAAGCACAGCCUGUUCCUGACUUCAGCACUGUGUUUAAACCUGAGCUGACUCAUCAAAGCACACAUUCCAAGCCAUUCUCAUUCGACCAGCGUGACAAAGAAUUGAAAGAUAAGAAAGAAGAGAAAAUAAAAACAAUCAUAGACGAUGAAAAAAAGGUAGGCUUUUGAUAGUUUGACUCUUCCCAGGACAAACGUCACUCAUGUACUCAUCUGAAAUGUCAUCCGUUAAACCGAACUUAGGCAACACAUGUUGUACAGUUGAUUCGAAUAUUUAUUCAAGAUCUCGUUGACUUUCCGCCGCUUCCAUGGUUUGUGUUACGGUAAUGUCAUAAAUGCAGGUAACAAUGGUUUGUAUUCUACACCAAUCAGCGUCGACUUACCAUUUUCGCGAAAGUCUGUGACGUCACGGGACAGGACUGCAUUAAAACACUGGGAAUUCAGACGGAUAACAUUUCAGACUACUCGUUUGUACGUUGCUUUAUCAACAACCGCUCUCUGAAUAAGUCGUUUGAUACCAAAAUAGUCUGAAAUUCAUCCUAUCGAGUGUACUGUAGUGUUGGGAACAUGGACAUGCUUUCUUUCCCUUCAGAAAGGAAAGGUUUAUUACAGCACACAGGUGACACUAAAGUGUCUGCAUUAGCGAGGCUUAAUUUCUGUGUGACACGGCGUUAAUUAGUUAGAAAACAAGUGUUCGGGUUAAUGGGUGUCCCUAUUAAGCGGGUUGAAUUUAAGGAAAAUGUAAGGGCUUUAUCGAGGGACACAUAGAACUGUGCGUAAUAAGGGACGGACCAUUAGAAAAGUUAUGGGGGGGAGGGGAAUUUUCGAGAAUUUCUUUUCGUUAUCAAAUUCCUUGUAUGAAUUUUUUUAGGCCAUAGCAUGAAUAUUUUUUGAGGAUUAAUUGGCGUGCAUAAUUUUUUUUCAUUCAAUUUUUUUUUGUACUUCGCCCUCCUCCCCUCCCCCAUAAGUUUUCUAAUGGUCCGUCCCUAAUCGUCCUUAUUUAGCGGUUGUCUGUAAAGCAUGAUUCAACUGUAUUGUCAUUCAAACUUAUUUUUCUUUGUACAGUUACACGAGUUCCAGGCUCAGCCUUUACCAAGUUUUUCCCCUCCCCUCUUGCCUCAGUCAUCGAAAUGUCUCACCGAGCCGGCGCCAUUCAAUCUAUCGACAGAAAACCGCGGAGCUGUGAAGGCUGAAAAAUGGGGACAAAAGGUAUCAUCCAGAGACCGUAUUGUUUUGUUUUUAUGUGAUUGGUUGAUCGUUUGUUUAAGUGUCAUCUUUGAAACGACCACGAAACGACUUAUGUUCCUCCCAUAGUGUCUUGUUACGCCUAUAAAGAGUUUAAUCUAAUCCUUGUGACGUGAAUAACUCUCCACCAGAAACGAUAAUGAACCAAUAAAUUGUUGAAACUGCAAAUUACCGUAAAAUUCCGAAAAUAAGCUUCGGGGCUUAUAUUUUUCAAAGGCCCUUUUGGAGGGGCUUAUCUACGGAGGGAAAUUUGCGUUUCAAAAUCGAGAGGGCUAGCCUUAUAGUUGGAAGUAAAUUUACCGCUUUUGCUUUGCUUUACUUUGUAUUUGAGGGCAAUUUUCCAAGUACAAGCCCCCGGGGGCUUAUAUUUGGAGGGACGAUUUAACGGAGGGUUUUUUGCGUUACCGGAUUGGGGGGCUUAUACAUGGAGGCCGAGGGGCUUAUUUUCGGAAUUUUACGGUAUGUUCUAGCCAUUACCAUACAGCAAAAGAUGUGGCCAAAAAUGAGUCAACAACAAAUAGUCAAUUUGCACGAUGACGGCAUUUUGCUGCUACAACUUGAACACUUCGGGGUUUGGCUUUCUUUUCUGCGAAGGCGUUUCUCAGUAUUAAGUAGUGCGCACAUUUACUUGAAAAUUUCAUGUUUAUUCUUAUCUAGCUUCAGCAAGAGAUUCAAGAAGAAAGAAUGAAGCGAGUCUUCAGAGCGAGGUCCACUAAUGUACUAUACAGUGCGCCAUUCGUUCCUGACAAAUCUAUCGUAAAGCCAAACACGCAGUUCGAAGAAUUCGCCAUGAACUGCGACAAGCGUGCAAAAGAGAGAGAGGUUUAUGAAAUGCACAAGGAGCAAAGGGAACAGGAAGAAGAAGAGGCAAGAAAAGAGCUGGAAAGAAUUAAAGAGGAGGAAGAGAAGAUUUACAUCAGGGAGCUGAGGAAACAGCUUGUGCAUAAACCCAAUCCAAUUCGCAAAUAUCGCGCUGUUGAAAUCAAGCACAGUGAUAAGGAGCUUACAGACCCACGUUCCCCGGAAUGGCAGUCAAAGAAAAGAAAGAAAUUGCGAGUAUAAAGUCGAAACUCUAUUUAUUUGUACUAUUUACGGAUGCAAGGGAAAUUUCUGAUAGAGUACAAGUACACGUCGAAACCUCGUUAUUAUCAUCAAAGAGCUUUCCUUCGGGGCGUUGUUUUUCUCUCUUUUCUGUCAUGCAAAACCCGUCCUUGCAUUUCUCACUGUAUUUUUUAAUGUAGUGUUGUAAUUCCAGAACAAAUGCAGGCAAUACGAUAUACUAAUGAGAUCUCAAAACAAAUAUUAUGACGGCCCAAAACUUCUGCGGACAACCUUUAAUCAAGCUAUGACUGGUUUCUAUUUUGCCAAUCACAACGUGCUCGAAUUAAAAAGACAGAACAAAAAAACGAUCGCGAAAUACCUACGCCAAUCGACAGAAGCGCUGCAUUUAAACUUAAACAAUUCAAUAGACCAACGGGAGUUUAAGGUUGGUCAGGGGAUCUUAACCGCUCUGAAGAAAAAAGGACACUUUCGCCAUUUUUUAAAUUAGUUUAAAGUUAGUCAUGUAGAUUAAAACAGCUGCGACAAUCAAAGCAUCAUGCCAUUUUCUGUAUAUAAUUCUCUUUGACUUUCAUUGUUUCUCGAUAGGAAUCAAUUCUUGCAAAAACGAGUUCCUCGUGUAUAGUGAAUUUGAUUUCGGCCCGAGUAAGGGAAUCCGGGAAAAUUUUGCUUGUAGAAUCCGGAAUCCUGGGCUUUGGAAUCGGAAUACAGCUCAGGGAAUCCGGAAUCCAAGAUUGUCUUGGAUUCCCUUCCAUAGGGCGAGUGAUUUCAAGUAAAUGUGCGAGUUAGUAACGUAAGGAACUGCAGUAGGUAGCUCAAUGUUUCUGGAUUUUGAAAUCAUUAUUCUUAUUCUCAGUCAUCCUCGGAGAUCCAGGAACCAUUUCUCUCUUGUGAUCGACCAGAAACAAUUUUCACGAACUUAGACCCCCACCACCAUACAAACGUUCGUAAAAUUUGGCGACUUUGCGGAACAAUAUCCUCGUUAGUUUUCAACAAAUUACAUUCAAACCUGUCCUCUUCAUUUAUUUUAAGGCGUUCUUUUUAGCCGUGUAAAUUGAUAUUCCCUAACUGGUUCCAGUUGAAAAAUCCGUGGAAGCAGAAGCUUUCAUGUUAUCGUUCUUAGAAUAUACUAGGACCGCGGAUUACCUAUAAACUAGCUGAUUAAGCUAAGCGUAAACUACAAUAUCGUAUCGUAAACUUUUAUAGAAUACAAAACAGUCAGUAUUUUUGCGUAUUCAAGUACGCGCGAACAGGCAAAAGGUCUGAGGCGAGGCUGAAAAGUGAGAGCGAAGGGCGUGCUAGGCUCGAGCGCGUGAGGCUUACGCUAUACUUAAGCGAUUUUGAGAAGAAUAAAACGACUGUUUUGCGGUCUAAAACGUUUACGGCAGUGAUUUCCCCUUUAUUUUUUCUGUCAGCUGUCUCUGGGUCAACGAGGAUGUCUUAUACUGUAAUAUGUUAUUAUUCACUUUUAUUUGUACGUUUAUAACAUUGUACUGUUGAAG